AUGACAGACCAGUCUGAUGGGUCCAAGUCGGUUGGGGAUAAUCAAUAUGGGGAGGAAGAGAAUGAUAAGACUAUAAGCACAUUCGAGUGUCCAAUCUGCUUGAGGCUUCUUGUCGAGCCGGUUACCACGGCCUGUGGGCAUACAUUUUGUAAAAAUUGUAUCACUAAAACGAUGGAUCAUCGGCAACUCUGUCCGUCAUGUCGAGCGCCAUGCCCUUUCAUAGGAAGCACGAACGUAAUGGUUGCCAAUUUGAUACAACAAAGAUUGGUCGAUAAUAGAUAUCCAGAGGAAUAUGCUCUACGUUCGAAAGAAGUGAAAGAGCUCGAGGAGGAAGAAAAGGCUCAGAGCGAUACCAGUGAUGGCACCGCUUUGGGGGUCUUCUUCCCCUUUUUACGGUUGCCGCAUGAGAAUGUCCCCUUCCCCUAUGGUAAUCGACAGGCCUUCCAAGUGCUUGAUGAGGAAGUCAAUGCAGCUAGAGCUAUAUGGAGAGGAGGAGCUGCUAGGAGCGUCGUAGUCCAGAUGGAAGGGGAAAUCGUAUCUGGUUUAUUGGUCGAGGACGAGUUGAAGGACUCAAUGGAGGAACAUAUACGAAUACAUCGGGCUUUGAAGUAA